UGUGCUUCGUAAGAACUGGAACCCAGAGCGCACGCCUGUUUUUCAUCCACUUUCCUCAAAGCAACAUCUGUGUGUGUAAUACAUGUCUUAAACUGACUUAUCACUGACCGACCGGAGGGAUUUAACGGUUUUCUUGCAAUGGCACAAUGGUCACUUUUAUUUCUAUACCUUUUCCAAGGAGUGCUUCCUCUCAUCAGUGGGCAGCAGCAGCAGCAUCAGCAGCGCACCGGGCCAUGGCGGCACCGGAUCCAGUGGGAGAACAACGGGCAGGUAUACAGCUUAAUCAGCACUGGGUCGGAGUAUCAGGCUCCAGUUCGGUCCAGGGGCCAGUCGAGGGUUUAUGUAAGCAGGAGGGAUGGCAACAGGAGCCAAAUGCCAGGAACGCAGUCUUUCCUAAGAACCGGACAGUCUGAGUCUAGACAGUUAAGGACAGAUUAUGGAUUGUUAGCUGCCGGAUUUGAUGGCAGACAGUUUGCCCCGGUCACCACUUCAGGUCGCGCCUCCGGGGCCAGGCAGCAGCAGCCUGAGGGUCCGAACCGAGCAGGAGCUGCAGGACAUCCAGGCACCAGAGGUUUCAACCCGGACACCUUCAAUGCAUCUGGGGCUUUUACUGAUUCAUCAUCCAGGAGAGGGGGGGCUAUCACUGUGGAUGCUUCUGCACAGCACAUCGGACCUGAAUCAGGACCCGGUGCGCAAUACCAGCCGUUACGCACGGUGCCACAGGUGAUACCUGUCCCCAGGCAACGCGCGCAGACGGAUCAGUCCACUUCAGGACAUCCCACAGCUUUGGAGAGAGAAGCCGAUGCUCCUGCACCGAUCCCUGCGUUAAGUGAGGAUGUUUCCAACGAUGUAACCACCAACGGGGGGGACAUGGUUAACGACGACCCUCGAAACCCGCUCAAAAACCACAGGAAUUCAGUUUUCUACAACAUGUAUCCCAUGAGAGGGAGAUCAGCGGCCCGGACACGCCGACCUCCGGGAACUGGAUACGGAACGAGAUACUUCCAAAACGGCCUACCAGACCUUAUACCAGACCCAUAUGCCAUCCAGGCAGGUGCUUAUAUCCAGCGUAUGCAGAUGUAUGCACUCCGAUGUGCAGCUGAGGAGAACUGUCUCGCCAGGUCGGCUUAUGGACCCAAUGUGCGAGACAUCGACUUCAGAGUCCUGCUGCGCUUCCCCCAGAAAGUGAAAAACCAAGGCACCACUGACUUUCUUCCUGUAAAACCCAGAUAUCAGUGGGACUGGCACAGUUGUCACCAGCACUACCACAGCAUGGACGCAUUUAGUAACUAUGACCUAUUGGAUACUAUUAGUGGCCGUAAAGUGGCAGAAGGACACAAGGCCAGUUUCUGUCUGGAGGACACAGGUUGUGACCCUGGAUUCAGACGCCGAUACGCCUGUACAUCUCAUACACAGGGACUGAGCCCGGGAUGUCAUGACAUCUAUGCUGCCAACAUCGACUGUCAGUGGAUUGACAUUACUGAUGUACCUCCAGGAAACUACAUCUUAAAGGUUACUGUCAAUCCAAAUUUGCAUGUCCUGGAAUCAGACUUCACCAACAACAUAGUGAGAUGUGAUAUCACAUACACAGGAAAUUAUGUUCAGACAAGAAACUGCAGAGUUACAAGGGGUUGAAAUCUUCAUAUCCAGGACAGUGCGCGUGAUUUUGAAGUUGGUAAAGUACAGUUGGAAAUGAAGGUGUAUUUGCAUUCCUACUGCAUUUAUUUGUAAUAAUUGCACAAUCCGUUUACACCAAUUUUGUAAAACUAGUUAAAUUCAAUUGAGAUUUACUUGAUUAUCAGUUUUUUUAUGUGUUUUUACUUAUUACAGAUAUCUUGUUUGCUUCUUUUUGAUUUUCUUUGAAAAUGCAAGUAAUUUUGCUCCCAUACUUUAAAUGCUGGUUUAUUGCUUGUGGUUUUGUUGCUAUUUGUUAUGUUUGUCUGCUUUGCAUUGUCUUUAUAUGUACUUUGUUGCUUUAUUACAAUUUUAUUUACCACUUGUUCACUUUAACAAUCUUCAUAAAGUAUUUCAUUUAAUGACAAAGGUUCAGUGUGUGAUAUUUAACAAAAUCUACUGGUGAAGUUUUGGUUUUCAAGCAAUUUAAUCCCUCCUCACAAUCACUUACAGCAGCAGCACAAAGCACACAGUCCCUCUUUAAAGCCUUUUUUAUGUGUUGUUCAUUCUGGGCUUGUUAGUCAAGAGGAUGUGACCUCUGCUCCACACUCAAACACAGUAGAUGACUGUGAUGCACCACAGUGAAGGAUGCCACCCACGAUUAACCUGAAAAAAGAAGCAGAGCAACUUAACAACUUUUUCUAAGGCAAUAAAAACACAGCAAUUUACAUUUUAAAGGAGGGAUAUUUUGCUUUUUUAAAAUGGAAUUAUUUAUUUUAAAACAUUUCCC